GUGGAUGUUGCAGCUGCAGUGAUUGUGUUGAGAGACCAGCUGCAGGAAUCUGGACAUGUGACCGUGCACACAGGAAGAAGAGUCAAGAAAUGAGUCAGAGAUUCCUCUCCCACUAAAGAAGUCACACAGAAAUACCCCCGCAAUACAGCAGCACCAUCAGCAGCAGCACCACCAGCAGCAGCAGCAGCAGCAGCAGCAGCAGCAGCAGCAGCAUGCCGUGCUGCGGAGUUCUGUGUCAGUAUGAAACUAACAAGCUGGUCCGGAUCCAGAGCGUCCGACUCGGCUCUCUCAAGUGGAGCCUGAACGCAGCCAUUCUGCUGUUUAUCUGCAUGAUGUUGCUGUGGAACAGGAGUUACCAGCAGUUUGACCUGGUGGUGAGCUCUGUCACCACCAAGGUGAAAGGUGUAGCCCAGACACAGCUGCCCGGGAAUGGGGAAGAGGUCUGGGAUGUGGUGGACUACAGUGGACCCCUACAGGACAAAAACUCCUUCUUUGUGGUGACCAAUGUCAUCGUGACGAAGAAUCAAAAGCAGGGGAAAUGCCCAGAGGUUCCACUUAAAGGCAAAUUGUGUCGCACAGAUAAGGAGUGUGAGAAAGGAGGCUGGGACCAGCAGAGCCACGGGAUUAAGACAGGAUCAUGUUUGAAGUUUGACGUGUUGAGGAAAACCUGUGAGGUAUCUGCAUGGUGUCCAGUCGAAACCAGGACGAACCCUCCAAGGCCCGCUCUACUGGCAGCAGCUGAGAACUUCACAGUCUUCAUCAAAAACAACAUCAGAUUCCCUGCAUUCAACUUCAUCCGAAGAAACAUCCUCCCAGAGAUGAACGAUGCCUACCUGAGGAGCUGUCAGAGAGGAAAAGACUCCCUGUGUCCCAUCUUCAGACUGGGGGACAUUGUUCGAGAGGCCGGAGAGAAUUUCACGGAAAUGGCCGUAGAGGGUGGCGUCAUCGGUAUACUGAUCAACUGGGACUGCAACCUGGACCGGCUCAAGCAUCGCUGCCUUCCCAAAUACUCCUUCAGACGGCUGGACGAGAAAGAGAGCAACAAGACACGGUAUCCCGGCCUCAACUUCAGAUAUGCAAAGUACAACACAGUGAAUGGAGUCGAGGAGCGGACGCUGUACAAAGCAUUCGGGAUCAGGUUUGACGUCAUGGUGUUCGGACAGGCGGGGAAGUUUAGCUUCAUUCAGCUUGUCAUCUACAUCGGAUCAACGUUGUCAUACUACGCUCUGACGACCAUGAUUAUCGACUGGCUGAUAGGAACCAGAUGUUAUUCUGCAGAGGUUGGACAAAACUACUCUGAGAAGAAAGUGGAGUCGGUCCAAGACAAACACAAGUGCAUCCUCUGCGUGUCCUACGUCGAUGAGAACAACAUUCGACUGGUGAAGAGAUCACAGAGGAAAAGUUUACAAGACGUCAAACCGGUGUCUGUUCAGCCAUACAAGGAGGACAUGGGACACCUGACGGCCGUCCUCUGUCUGCUCCAGCAGGGUGACAGCGUAGAUCACUGCACUCAGCCUUCCCUCAACCAUCAGCCUGACCCAAACUCCAAAUCUCAGCGCCCAGCCUGGUGUAAGUGUGACUCCUGCACUCCCUCUUCCCUCCCCCAGGAGGAGCUGUGCUGUCGGCGGAGCAACGGCGCCUGCAUCACCUCUUCUCCUGUUUUUGAGCGGCUUGUGUUGCGUCGCCCCCUGCUGGAGACUGUGCUCCUGCAGCGGGACCCUCUGGGUCCGCCAGCUAAGCGAUGCCAGACCAGUGCCCUGCGUCACUGCGCCUACAGUCUGUACAUCAGCUGGCGGUUUGGGUUCCCACCUAACGACACCCACCCUGCCAUCCCCAGGUGCUGCGUGCGAAGAGUAAGGGAGGAGUACCCAAGAGCGGAUGGACAGUACAGCGGCUUCAGACCUGCCAGGAUGGCGUCCACGCAGGCCUUCACUAACGGAGAGCUGUGGGAGGAGGGCAGGGACUCUCCUUCUCACUGACCCACUAACUGUUUUAUGUUAAAUCUGCCUUUACAAAGCAAAAAAAAAAAUGAAAUAACUUUGCCAGCUUGCGUUCCGUCAGAAGGGAGAUGACCCACUGAGUCAAGAAAUCUCUGCAUUUUCAUCAUCUGUCAGAUCAUUUAGCUGCACAGUAAA